AGCGUUUCGCAGGAGCGAGCGUUGGAGCUAUGGUAGCGUCCUUGGCAGCAAUUGGUAUUUCAGCAGGAGAAUUAGAGGAAUUUCUUGAUCAAGAUGUGCGGAAAAUCAUGGCUGGUAAAGUUUAAUUUAUAUACUCAUACUUGACGAGAAUCUGUAAACUACGGUAAAUAAUCAACCACUGCCUGCUGUUCAGACCAGAUCUAGAACUUAGACAAUUUCCCUAUUCAGAGGGAUGGAUUUCCCCAGCUGUGAAGUAUUUUUAAAUAGAGCGUAAAACUAAAAGUACGGCUCAAAAUUGGGCGUAAAAGUACGGUUUAUGGUAGCCUAUAUGAUAUCAUUUCUACCUUCCAUCUUUAUCCUUUGCUCCAGAUCAUUCUUGUGGUUACUGCAGUUUGCUUCCAAAUCUUAAGAAAGGUUUCGGAUGGAACCCUGGUAAAAAAUUGAAUAACUGGUUUGGUGAGCAGUUGAGAGAAAGAACUGGUGACUACGAUAUCACUUUUAAAGAUGUACGUAAAUCCCUAGUAAAACCUCUCCAAUUUAUAUUAUGUUUUUAAAAAGUCACAGGUUGAUGGAAAUUACAUAUAGAUAUCAUAUGCUAUAUAAACAAAUAAAGGCAUUUUUAUACUAUUCCAUUAAUAAGGCACAGUGUAUGCAGUUAUUAUAUACAAUCAAGGAAGAUAUGAAGUGCUUAUAUGUUCUGUCUAGAUAAAACGUCAUAUACUAACAUUGUAGUGUUCAAUAUCAUGGUUACCAAUAAUCCAUUUAUUCAUAGUAUCCACACUAUCAUACUUUAUAAGUAUGAUUUAUUUCCAUUUAUCGAUUUUACUUUUUACCAUUGUACAUGUACAUGCAAAUCUUUGGUACCUUGGAUCUUCGUGCGAGCACUAUCCCUCCAUUUGUUGUUUAAAUUAAAGGAAAGCAUUGCAUUCUGUGACUUGGCAAAAAGGAUGAAUAUUCACUUUUAUAAUUCAAUAUUUUAUCUUUAAAUGGUUAAUGGACCUUUCCCCUUAUAACUAAAAUUUUGAUCUAGACAAAAAUUUCAUCACAGCUUGAAAGAGCGUAGCAAAAUUAGUAAUAUUCCAAAGUUUCGUUGCGAAAUGUUGUAAAAUGCGGAUAAUAUAGCAUUGCGAAGUUUGCCGUUUUUCAGUCAUUUUGUAUUACGCAUGGGAAAUUGACAGCCCAAUCGGAUGUUGGGGCAUCAAUUUCCCGCUCGUAAUACAAAAUGACUGAAAAUUGCAAAUUUCGCAGGGCUAUAUUAUCUGCAUUUUACAACAUUUCGCAACGAAACUUCGGAAUAUUACUAAUUUUGUGAUGCUCUUUCAAGCUGUGAUGAAAUUUAUGUCUAGACUUGUCUAGAUCAAAAUUUCAGUUAUAAGGGGAAAGGUCCAUUCACAAUGAAUUCAUUUAAACAUACAGCCCACACACAAUAUAAUCUCUUUUAGAUUUUGCGUCUUUUUGGUACAGAGAUUUGCAUUGUGGUGACCAAUUUGAGUCACAUGUCAGUAGAGUAUUUUCAUCCAAAAACAACGCCCAAUAUUCCAGUUAGAAAAGCAGUCAAAAUGUCAAUGGCAUUACCAGGUAUUGUAAUCAUUACUGUUGAAAAAAAUACCGUUGUCAAGAAAGAGCAAGUACAGGUUAUGGUGAGAAAAACACACUUAUGUUUGCCGUAGCAGGCAAUUUCUACCACGUGUGACUAUCAAGUAUAAACCAGGGAAAACACGAAGUUGGAAACGAACCAUACAUUGUAAUGUUUCAAACUGGACAUGAACUCUAGAAAUGUACAUAGUAUACGACAGGUAUGACACAUGUACGUCAUUAUUUUUCAGGAGUGUUUCAAGUAGUUCGAGAAACUUUCAACGGUCAAGAGGAUGUCUAUGUAGAUGGAGGUUUGCUUUGCAACUACCCAAUACACGCCUUUGAUGGUAAGCUACAGUGCAUAUAUAUUUAGAUGAUCAUAAGCCAGGAGCAGCCGACAACUACAAAAUUUAAAAAGGGAAAAAAUAAUCCGAAAUAUUAAUCCUUCAAGAAAAGCAAACUAAACCGACAAGGCUGAUUAAAACAGUUUUACUCAUCUUUACUCCUAGCCUAAAGGGUGGACGUGUUUUUUUUUUCAUAUACGACUUUCUUCUCUAGAUGCAAUACAAGUUAAGUUCUGUGUGGACUAUAUAGGCUACUAAAGCAUUUUCUGUUUUCAAUUGUUUUCAUCCGUAAAUUAGGUUGGUGGUUGUCUAUGGAAGCAGAAAACACUUUCUUCAAACGUCUUCAACCUAUCGAAGACUUUGCACGACUUUAUGAAAAGUCAGAAAGAUUUGGAACAUGGAAUUCAAAAACCCUGGGAAUAAUUCUG